ACAUUUCUUUCACUGUUAUAAUGGUCAAUCCAGUGCUUGAUGAACCGUUUUGACUUUUUAAUGUAUUUAGCAAUUGAUGCGAUUGACAUUCUUGGUCCUUUUGGAUGUAAAUGCAAAAAUACCGCUUCAAAAUGCUUAUGAAAAUAUUCCAAUCCAUGUUUUCGUUGCACAACAAACACUGUAGUGAUUUGAGAACUCUCAAUGUUAAUUGGCGCAUUAGCUUAGGGUGACAUCUGGCGACACCAAAAAUAUUUUCAAGAUAUUUGAAACUUUUUGUGGUUAAAUCAAGCGGCCUCUACUAUGGGACAGACUGUAUUCGUACUCCACAUUGUGGACUCGCUGCGUUCAUUGUUUAUAAUGCAACACAUGGAAUUACACGAGAUCUAUAUUCAUUUCAACGCAAGAAAUUUUCGAUCGAAUUAUCGGAAGCAUUGGUGUAUGAUCAAAUAGCACGCAGAUCAACUUAUGGAUUUAAUAAAGCGCAUCGAGCUGUACUCAGCACAGUUCAACAGCACCGUCAACUUCAACAAUGCAAACCAAACAAGAUAAAAAAAAGUGCAUGUCAUUUAUGUCCCACUAAAAUCAAUCGAAAGACGCGAACACAGUGCAGCAAAUGUAUGAAAAAUGUUUGUGGUGAACAUUCCGAAAGAAUUGUGAUGUGUACGAACUGCACCAAAAAGCGUCCGUAUGAAACUGCAUCAUCAGAUUCCAAUUAAUUUUGUCAUAAAUUAUUUAUUUUUAACCUUUUUUCCCAUUUAAUAUAUAAUUUUGUUCAUUUCAUAGACUUUUCAUACAUUUUGUAUGGGCGGUCAAAUGGACCGACUCUAUCCGUUCAAGUUUUUUUUUUACUCUAUACCUAGGAGGGUUAAAUUUUUGAAUUUUGUUCGGAUGCACUUUUUUAAAUUUUCAUCCAAUAGCCUACUUGGUGAGUAUAUGAAACGUGCGGCAAUGAUUUAUAUAUCGUUGGAAUAUGCAAAAGAACACAACAAUUAUAAUCAAUAAAUUCCACUAUUUCGAGUCAAGAAAAUGUUCUUUUUGCAAUAAUAAUGCAUUUUAUUGUCAUUUUUCCGUUAGUUUUGUAUUUGGCUCUGCUUUAUUAAAUGGAAGGUAGAAUAUUUGCGAAACAAAAUGCCCAAGAGCUUUCCAACUAUACAUCAGUCGGGGCCAAAGGCAUUCUAAUUUGGGAUUUGGAAAUUAUUUGGACAUUAAGUGUAUAUAUAGCAAGUCGACUUUUCAACACACUAAUGUGGUUUCGUCACUCGCGCGAACUGCUGUCCGCUGUGAUUGAUGCCAAUAUAUUGUAUCGAAUGAUGUGUGAAACCAAAAUCAUCCCGUUAGAUGAGUAUGGACGCCAAAUGGACGAGAAAAUUGGAGAAACUAUGUGUGACAAGAUGACAAAUGGUGCCUGGUAUGAUUUUCUUCAAAGCGGCGAAUAUCACACCCAACUCGCCGAUAAAUAUUAAGAAAAACAUUCGCUGUCCUGGCAACCGGAAGCUGAUUAAAAGUUUUAAGAAAAUGCUGGGCAACGUGGUGAAAAUGGUG